UCAUUUGCAUAAAAUGAGCGAAAUAAUAUUGAGUGGCCUUAAGUAAGCUUGACUGAUGACCAUCAACCGAGUCCAAUCCAUAUUCUGUAACUGUUCAUUACUUACUACGAGGCUGAUUGGAAAACAUGAUGGCGAACGACGAUCUGGGGGUAGAGGACUUGCCAGACGAUUUGACGCCCAUUAUCACCCGAACAACUCGUGACCACGUUAGCGGAGGUGCAUAUGGCGAUGUCUGGAAAUGCAAUUACAAUGCAGAUGGUAUUUCACCCCUCGUGGCGGUCAAGGCCUUCAGGUUUUCAGACGGAGACGUUUUGGAGACAAUCAGCAGGAAAAUCAGCCGAGAAAUUGGCAUUUUGAAGAUUCUACGUCAUAACAACAUUUGGGGUAUAGCGACAGGAUUUGGACGGAUGCUAGAGUUGCCCUGCUUGGUGUCUCCGUGGAUGCCAAACGGCACGUUGAAUGUCUACCUACAGUCUAAACACAGAUAUUUAACAGUUCUGGAUCAUUCACGUAUGUUGGAGGAUGUCAGUGCUGGCCUUCGUUACUUGCACUCGAUACCAGUCAUGCACGGGGAUAUAACAGGGGCAAAUAUCCUAAUUGACAAGAGAGGUCAUGCGCGGCUGAUCGAUUUUAGUCUUUCCACCAUUGUUCAACCUCUUCUCGGCCAGUCGCACUUGGAAAGAUCGUCCCCACGUCCAGGUGCGAUCCGUUAUGCAGCACCAGAAUUGUUCUCAUCAGAUAAUUCCCUCGAGCUACCUUUGGAGAAAGCUGACAUCUACUCUUUUGGUUGUAUAAUGCUUCAAGUUCUCUCGGGUCGACUGCCUUGGUCUGAGAUCGGGUCAGGUCAGCUAUUGAUGUGCAUCAUUGUUACGAUAUCGCAAGGGCGUGGACCGCAACGUCCAGAUGGUCUACCUGCAAUAAUCGACCCAGAUUGGGACUUCAUCCAAAAGUGUCUGCAAUUCGUACCCGAACUUCGACCUUCAGCAGAUGAAGUACUUGACUUUGUCAUGCAUAGGUUUUCCUCAUCAGGUUCUACUAGACCACCUGAUGAUCCUCCAGAUGAUACACAGGAUGGCUUCCCCGGAGAUUCCUCCUACGGUGUUUCUGGUAGCUCGGACGCAACAGAACGACCUCCUGACAUUCUGCCACCCCACCAUGAUGAUGAACCGAAGCCCUCGAUCAUGAGCCCUCGAAUUCAGGUGUCUUAUUAUCACCGUGCGGACCUCAAUAAUAUGCUCCAACAAAGGUAUCCCUCAACUGCAGCGAGCCGUGUAAGAUGGGAGGUUUUAUCCGUAGGACCUUAGCAUUGUCCUACCUGGUCCGCUACGGUAUACAUUGACGGCCAAAAUCGCGGCUAUGGCCAGGCGCAUACGAAGGGCGCAGCCAAAGAAUUAGCAGCGAUGCAGGCAGUGAGAUACUUGCAAUGGGAGCGAACCCGACCGCUAGGGGGGAUUGUGAACCGUGCAGAGGGGUCAGAGCUGAUGGAGUAGCA